GACUGGGUUGUGCCGGAAAGAUGAACAUCAGUUUUUGUUGACACCAGAGGAGCCAGCAUGAGCCUCAUUUCUCAUGGCAGUCAAAGAGUUGGAUGCGGACUUAAUUCCUCCUUUGUUUGCACUGAUGUGAGCAAAAGGGGAAUUUGUCAGUUCAAGAUUAAGGGAAUAAGCUACGACCAGUUGUUAUGGAAUACAAUGAUCAUAUAACCUGCCAUGACAGAGUCACUGUCUCGUCCGGGAAUCUCCACAUCUCCGCGGCAAUCUUCUCUGUAGAGGUACUAGGCAAUUUAAUAGCCUUGGUCCUUUUGGAGAUGCGGCGCCGGCGGCAAAUUCCAUCAUUGUUCCAGGUGCUGGUGACUGCGCUGGUGACUACAGAUCUACUAGGUUCCUUAUCCAUCAGUCCUCUUGUACUAGCCUCUUAUACACAAAACAGGACCUUGGUAGAUAUGAGUAAAAACAGAGCAAUAUGCGCCUACUUUGGUUUCAUGACUUUUUUCAGCCUCGCCACUUUGGCCCUUCUGUGCGCCAUGGCUUUGGAGCGCUACCUCUCCUUUGGACAGCCGUAUUUUUACGAGCGGCACUUGACAAUGCGCUGCGGAUACAUCACCAUUCCACUCAUCUAUCUGGUCUGCAUCUUCUUCUGCCUAGCACCUUUUAUGGGCUUUGGAGAAUACGUCCAAUAUUGCCCGGGGACUUGGUGCUUCUUUGACAUGAACCCAAACGUGACCCAACACAAAGUAUACGUCGGUGUGUAUGCGUCAUUAGCUCUUAUCAUGAUUUCGACGACAGUAGUUAGUAACUUAUCUGUCGUCUACCAUUUGAUUAUAAUGUAUCGGAUGUGCAAAGCGCACCGUGGGGGAGUUACGCGACAGAUACGGUUCUACCAAAAAUCCUUCGCCAUGACUGAGGAAGUGGAGCAUCUUCUGCUACUGGUGUUCAUAACAGUGGCUUUCGUCAUCUGUUCGUUUCCUUUAGUGCUCCGUGUGUAUGUCAACUUUACAGGCAGGUCGAAGGAGAGCCAUGCCACCGAUCUCGCUGCGCUUCGCCUGCUGUCCUUCAACUCCAUCAUCAACGCUUGGGUCUUCAUCAUCCUCAGGCCAUCAGUGCUGCGCUUUCUCUGGAGGAAGCUGACACUGAGUAAGGCCCAGAGGCCCCCUGAGGCCCCCACAUUCCCCGAGGAAAAGUCUCUCCCAGUUGGGCCCAAACUCCCUCUGCCAUGCCCACUUAUCGAGCUCCAGAACGAUGAAGUGGAGGGAGUGGACAAGACAUAGGGCCCGGCCCGUUGGAGCGAAUCACUUUCGUCAAGUCGUUGACCAUCAUUGGUCACCGUCUUUCAAAGUGUGUUGCAUUAUGGUUAUAAAAAUGGUCCGACUUGCAACUACACGUCGACAGCAUGAACUUUACAAAAAUCUUGUGAUCAAAUGUCAUGCAGUUCUUGAUGAAGUCGUCUUCAAGUCGCUGCAGUUACUUCUCAUCAACUGCACCAUGCAGCCAUUACCUGCAUUGUGCGAGGCACUAUUGGUCAACCAAUCAUUCUUUUUUUUUUUUAAAUGACCCGCGCGCAUGUGGUGAAAUACAUGACUGAAACAGGAAUCAACUUUGCACGAUUCUAAAGUUACAGGGGAUACAAAUGAAAAGUGAUAGUUUAGAUCUCUCAAGAUCCAAUGAAUUGUACACAAGUUAUGUUUCCAGUUUGUGAGUGUGUGAUAUGGGGGUACAGAAAAGUGUAUUUUGAUAUUUAUACAGACAAACUGUAUAUUUAUAAACAAUAGCAGCUACAUGUAUGUUGACACUGCCAUGUUGAUCUGAGCUUUGCUGUUGGAAACUACAGUGUCCGAACUUUGGCUGUCGCAGAUACACCUCCCCCGACUUCACUCCUCAACUUUGGUCUACAGUGGGUUGCUUCCGCCCCCUACCACUCAAACAAGCCCAUAGUGUCAGGCAUAUUGGACUAGGGGGCCAAUGACCCACUCUUGAAGGAUUAAGAUAAUAACCCUCUGACAUCAGCAGGAGCCCAAGAGGUCACAGGAAGUGAUUUGUCAGACAUCCACUGACUGGUUGAAAAGGACACCCGGACACUGAAGUGCAGUGUCUUCAGUAACAUAGGGGACAUUCACUUACUGACUUCCAUGACAGGAGAUUGGAAUAGAUCUAGGAAGAGAUCAGACUUUGAGGUCAAAUCAAAUCGAAUCAAAUUUUAUUGGUCACAUACACGUGUUUAGCAGAUGUAGCGAAAUGCUGGCUGUGGCACUGAUAGGUUAUACCCACACAAUAUGCAUUUGGAAUAUGACUUAGAAUUUUAAGAAUUCAUUAUGUGUCUAUUUAUAUCAUUGAUAUAUUAAAAAAGCUAUAUUAUCAGCACUUUAUAGAACUGAAAUUAAAAUUUGACCAAACUCCUUCUGGACGAAUGGGUCGAGUAUUUACUGUAUUUAUGAAGGUCAAUGACAAUCACAAGUUGGCUAAUCUUAAACUGACUGUUGAUUGGAGAACCAAAUAUAAUGUGUAUGUAUUUUAUUGAAUGUUUGCAGUAUGUCACACCCUGAUCUGUUUCACCUGUCUUUGUGAUUGUCUCCACCCCCCUCCAGGUGUCGCCCAUCUUCCCCAUUAUCCCCUGUGUAUUUAUACCUGUGUUCUCUGUUUGUCUGUUGCCAGUUCGUCUUAUUUGUCAAGUCAACCAGUGUUUUUGUGUCUUAGCUCCUGCUUUUCCCAGUCUCUCUUUUUC